AUGAAAAGUUUGUUGUUUAUUGGAUUGGGCCUGUGCCUGUUGGGCGUUGCCAUUGCCCAUCCUGGAUUGUUUUCUACACUGACCAGUUCAGUCACGAGUACGCUUUCGAGCUUGACGAGCACCCUGCAGACCCAACUAUCAUCUGUAGCCAGCCAAAUCAAAACAGCUCUAUCCACCGCUGCAAGUUCUACUAGCUCUGCUAGCUCGGCGCUGACAACGGCUUUAUCUAACGCUCAAACCGCUAUCCAAAGUGCUGAAUCAGCUGUGAGCAACAUUCUUUCCAAUGGACUGACAAGCCUCAGCUCUAGCGUAACUUCCCAGAUAAGCAGUCUUACUACCCAGCUGACGAGCGCUAUUACCACCUUGAACUCCGUCGUGAGUCAAAUCGUGUCAGCCGGAAGCAGUGUUUCGACGACUCUGAUCAACCAGUUGAACGCCGCUACGGCCAAUGUGACCAGCCUUUCGUCGUCCGUUGCAUCGCAGAGCACCUCACUGAUCAACUCUAUCUCAACUCUGAUCAGUGGUCUUUUCUCCAGCUUUGGUUGA